UCACGUGCUGAGUUGCCAAAUGGAAUGCCCAGUAUAAGUGGGGCAAGGGAUCUGCUCUAAACUCCUUUUGUCCACUCCUCCAAGACGUUAAUGAUGAUUGGUCCAAUGUCUGAAUGUAAACAAAACGAGUCGUACUGGGCGACGCUCUCCCAUCGGCCUGUUAUUGAGAGACGCCAAUUUCUUCAUGUCGCGUCCCCGACUCCCCAAACCCCACACACACAAGAAUCGUUACGCAAUCCCCGACACUUGAGUCUCUCGACAUUUAGAAUAUCACCACGACUACACCGUUUUACAUUCUAAAGGAGAGAAUCGGGGCCCUCCUCAAUUAUAGGAGAAAUCCCCGACGGCAACAAACGGGCGCGAUAUUGACUGCUUUCCAUGGCAGGCAGCACCGCGCUCAUGGGCCCACCAAGCAAGAUGGCCAGCACGACCUGGCAAUCGACGAGCGUUGCCAUCCCCACCGCGUGCCUCGCCCCGCCGCCUAUCCCUCCCGCCAAACCGUGGCAUCGAAUCGCCGUCCCCGCUGCCAAUCGAAGGGGCAAGAUAUGGAAACGGUCCGGCGGAUUGCUGACAGCCUCUGUGACGAGCAACUACGCGGCCGCACUCACCGAACUGCACUGUCAAGGGCAGGGAAGCAGGAAGCGGGCUCGCGCGGCGGGCUUUGUCCCUGCUUGGGGAGUCGCAUCGUGGGAUGAGAAGAUUGGGGAGACAGAGACACACGAUGGGAGAUGUGACUUGGCUGAUGCAAGGGAGUCGGUAUCUAAGGCGAAAGAUGCAGAAACCACCUCCGAUGGGAUCGUCGCAUCCAGCACUAAGUCGAAUGUGCCGACCUUUGCCGAAGAGGCGCUGAGAUGGGUGCCAAGGAAGAGACAUAACAGCCGGCGGCCGAUAGAACCAUGCACCCAGGCGACAGGGAUGGUGGCUGAUCUGCAGCCCUUGACCGAGUCCAUUGUCCCGACUGCGGAACUGGCUUCAGCGGAGGCGGACGAUGUUGCCCAUACUGCGGACGCAAAGCAAAUGAGGCGGAGGUCGACUCGUCGGCUGAGCAGGCGCGUGUCUUUUGCCCCCGUCGAAGAUGUCUUGGUCCAGAGCAGCCCGAUUGCUUUGGUGUCCCCGAAGAAGGGCUUGCCAAUGACGAGGUCGCCGAAGAGAUUGUCGCCGAUGAAGCUUUCCCGCUCUCCGCGGAAGUCAUUCACCAUGACAGCCACGCCUUCGAAGAUCGUGCUGGCGGCACCGCUGGAAGCCUCCUCCCCGGCCAGAUCGCCCGCCAGACAGCCGCGUCUCUCGCCAGUUCACGAAAAUAUGGCAGACCACUCCAUGGUUUCCGAGACCGACUCGUCUCGUUCGGUCUUGGAUCCACUGCCGCUCCUCUUUGACCAACCGAUUCCCAACCUGCAGGUUGAGCCCGAACACGAGACCAGGAGGCGUGUUUCGCUGCAGAAUGCACGGCGGUCUGAUCGGCGACGGUCGAGCGGAGCGAGGCGUCUUGCCGCAUUUGAGGCUGAUCAAAGGCCUCCAAGCCGUCGUCACAGUUUCUUGCACACGGGCAGCAGACUGGCCAACGCCGAGUCGAGGCGACACACGCUAGACGUGUUCGGUUUUGGGUCGGGCGACAUUCGGCUGGAGGUCACAUCGCCGCCAGCAAAUGAGCAGCCAGAGCCAAUGGUUCCUGUCCAAGAACCCCGCGCAGACUCGGACGCUGCAGUCGUGGUUGACGUCGGCACCAAUCUGGACAUUUUCGGCCAGAGCCCCGGACCAUCUACGCCGCGCUUCGCGAGCUUUCCUGCCGGCGGAGCACUCACAGCAUAUGAUUCGAAUAUGGAGGUGGAAAGGGAAAGCGACACCCAGUUGGCUGCAGAGAUUAGCGCAGUCACCGGACCUGUGGCAACUUCGCCAAUCGCGGAUGCCUUGGGUUUAAUGAACCAAACGGUCACGGACGAGGUCACGAAUGAUCAGGCAGCAGCGACUCCUCCUCCACCGAUGACGGAAGUCGAGAUGCAGCAUCCUGUCGUUGACCACCCAGCAAGCCCGAUUGAGUUCACAGCACCCGCCGAGAUUCCCGAUUCGUUCUGUGACCCCGAGCAAACCGACAUGUUCUCACCUCACGAUCCAGAGGGUCUCUCCACCAUCCUCGAGGAGUCUUUCGCCACAGAUACCAUCAAUGCCGACCUCUUCACACACAAUGAGGGCUCCACUGGCGGCGAUAACGAACACGCAGCACAGCCUGAUCAAGAGCAGCGCUUCACCAGUCCGUCGUCUCCAAUGCCUGAUCCCAGGUCGGAGCAGACAGCGUUAGGCCCUUCCACCCCGGAGAAUGACGGGCUUUCCGAAGAUAAUUUUCCCGAGUGCGACGAUCGGGACGGGUCGUCGACGCCGACGCCUGCGACCAACCUGGCGGCGCCGGUGCAGUCCAGCUCUCAGGGCUGCGCCGCGAGCGGUGAAGAUCAGCCAGUGGCGCCAACCACCGAUGUCUCCCUGGCUGCAGGUGUUCAGGUUAUUGAAACGGCGGAUUGCGAUCGGCUUGCCAACUCCAAUUCGCCUUCACCAAACAACACUGUCGAAAUGUCGGAUGGCCCAUCACCAGAAGAAGUCCCUUCAGACGUUCCGGAUCAAUCAGUUGGGUCCCCAACACCGUCUGACGAGUCGAUUGUCACGCCGGACAAUGAUUUCUGUGGGACGAUUGCACUCGACGUUGACUUGGAUGAUCAAGACACAGACAUGCGUCUCGAUAUGACAGACCUGGCGCAUGCGACACCGGAAAAGGAGAGUCUAGAAACGGACGAGACACUUCCAGACACGCCGCCAAGGGAUACUAUUGCCGAAACCGAUGUCACAGAUGGAGAGGCCGAGACUGUUACAGAGACUCCACCCGCGCCAAAUACGGAAUUCACACCCAUUAAUGAUCGCCGAGCCUCGCCGCUGGACCCUGCUCCCGAACUGGGCUCCAAUGAUGCCGACAGCAUUGCCCUAGAGGUUGACGAUCUCGAGGAUACCCAGACCGACGGGAUUGUUACGGCGAUGGAUUACGAGCCGACGGUGCCUAUCGAGGACCCCACUACGAAUAUAGCAGGCAACAUGAUACUGCCCGACAAUGACCCGGUCACGCUUCAAGAAGACUCCGAGACCGAGAUGCUCCGGAAGUUCGUGACGCGGGUCAAGGCCGACAAGAGCGCCAAAGCGGCGGCAGCCGCAGCUCUGGCGAGGAGGAAUCUUCGGCCGAAACGUCGGUCUGGGUCGACCGGAUCCACAGCAUCGACGACAGGGUCCCCCAUCGCCAAACCCCAGUCACCCUCGAAGCGCGUCCCCCUCGGCGAUAAGGACCUGAACAGCCCGAGCCCGACCAAGAAGAGGAAGGGGCGGGUGGGGAAAGACGAUUACUUCAAGGGCAAGGCGACUCUGUUUUCCGAGGAGUCAUCCCCGCUUCCCAAGAGCAAGCGGCGCCGCAAGCGCCUGGAUGCCGAGCUCGAGACCACGCUCGACCAGUCCAUGUCUCUUGUCGAACCCGACGCGGAUGCCGCCGAUAGCGGGCUCCGCCGAUCAACGCGGUCCCGCAGCACUCGCGUGCAGCUCAAGCCGCCGGCGCCAUCGGCCAACUCGGUGGCGCUCUCCAUGAUCCCCGUCCGGCUGCCCGGGUCGUCGGGCAUGAUGUCGGACCUGGACAGGGACAUGCCGGCCAUCGUGAUCCCCAAGAGCCGGAGCGAAGAGAAGGACCUGGCGGCCGUGACGCGGGUCAACACGCGCAAGAACAAGGCGGGGUCCGUCCCGCCCAGGGCAGUGCUGGCGCGCCAGGCCGAGGACCCGGCCGCGUGGCGCAUGCGCGAGCUCAAGGGCGUCUUCGACGCGAGGGAGGGCAGGGAGGCCGAGGCUGCCGCGGGCGACGCGGAUGCGGCCGCGGGCACCAGCGGCACCAGCAGCAGCAGCAGCAGGAGGAGGGUGCGGAUCGCGAAGGGGGUGCGCUGGGCGGAGGAGCUGGCAAGGUUCCAGGGCGACGGCGGCGAUUGCCCCGCUCCACCUGCGCCCAACAAGCCGAUGGCGGCCUGCAUCACGAACUGUGAGACGGCGGCGGUGGCGACAUGCGGCCCCGUGGGAGAACCGGACGAGCAGGGCGCGCCGCCAGCCGCGGCAGCAGCAGCUGCACCGGAGGAGGCGGCGCGGGAACCCGAGCAGCAGCCCGAGCCGCAGGUUGAGCAGCAGCCCGAGCAGCCACCCGCGAAGAAGCCUCCGCCCAAGCGCACGAGGACGUCGAGGCUGCAGAUGCCCACGCCCAUCAGAAAUAAGGGCGUGGCAGGGCCCAAGGCGGUGGAGAAGCUGCCGCCGGUGCAGCAGCCGGCCAAGAGGUCGGCGCCGUCGUCUUCGGCUGCUUCGUCGUCGUCGUCGUCGUCGUCCUCUGUGGUCAGGAUGGCUACCCGGCGGAGCAAGAUCGCUAGCCUUGGCAUGAGCGCCAACGGGACACCGGCUCCUAAGCGCAGGACGAGGACGGUUGGUUGAUGUGUGGCUGUGUUGGUCUUUGUUUGGCUUUUGUUUUAUCUUACGAGAUGGAUAUGAAGACGGAGCCAAAAGAGGAGAGAGAGAGAGAGAGAGAGAAACAGGGGCGAGGGGUUCAGGGGAGCUGUUUUGUUGUUUGUAUCUUGCUUGGGAAAUACCCAGAGAAUGUUUUUUUCUAUUUUUUUGCUGUCGACCUAUUUACUACCCGCCAUAUCGGUCGCGGUCGACUUGUUCCUGGCAUAGGGAGUCCGAGUAUGGGGGGGUUUCCAUAGGCUUAUGUCGAUAUGAUUCGCUUGUCAGAUUGUUAG